AUGCUCAUUUCAUCCGCAUCAUGGCAACAACGUCAGCACACAAAAUCCAAGACGAGAAGUUCAACAGCCUCGGUUUCUCAAAAGCAAUCGUCAACAAGGAGCAAGUAUGUUCGUACAGCCGCAGCCUAGGUACCGUAUCAGAUGGCAACCCAAUCUUGGUGUUGGUCCAUGGCUACCCGCAAAGCUCCUACAUGUGGCGGCACUUCAUCCCUCUUCUCCCUCAAGAUGCUCCAAUCUUCGUACCUGACCUCCCCGGCUAUGGUGCCAGCGCAGCAAUCGAGAAGCACGACAAACUGACAGUCGGAAAUGCAGUCCUCUCCGCACUCCGGACAGAAGUAAAACGAACAUCUAGCAAUCCUCCUACCGGUGAUAUUCCCAUCAUUCUGAUUGGCCACGAUCGCGGUGCAAGAGUUUCGCAUCGCCUCGCGGUCAGCGGUGCAGCGGGCUUUGACAUCAGAGGCGUAUGCUUGAUUGACAUCGUACCAACUUCAACACAGUGGCAGCACAACGCAUCUCCCACCACCGCCGCAAAGCAAAUCACCGGGUACUUCCACUGGCCACUCCUCGCGAACGUAGACCUAGCAACGCGGAUGAUCAGCGCCUUUGGACCUGCACAGUUCCUCGAGGAGAUGACUACGCUUUGCGCCGGCAAGAAUGACGCCGGUUCAAAGUCUCUCAAAGCAGACGACUCGCUGAAAGUCUACGGUGAGUUCUUCGCCCAACCGCACGUCCUGAAAGCCAGCUGCGAAGAUUACCAGCAUGGCGCUACGACGGAUGUGGAAAGAGAGGAGGAGGACCAAAAGGCAGGGCGGAAGAUAGGCGUCCCGCUAUUCUUGCUGUAUAGUGAGACUUACAUUGGAGGUAGUUAUAGUUUCCCGGAUGUGUGGAGGGACUGGAUUGCUGAGGGGGUUGACAUUCAGCACCACGCUUUGGGCGGCGGUAUUGGACAUUACGGCGCGGAGGAGGCGCCGGAGGAGAGUGCGAGGGUGGUUGGUAAUUGGGUGAAGGGGCUUAGGGCUUAA